GCUCUUUGUUCACGGAUAUAUUGUACUGAGCACAUUUCAGUGCUGGUUUGUGGCAGUUAUAAAAAGAUUGGUCUUGCCCUGUGCCUAAGGCAUUACAAGCCCUGCUAAGUGGUUGCUGUAGAACAUGGCACUGUCUCCCAGGGGCGUGCGGAGCUAGAACGGGGCCAUCCAGCUGUUUCGAAGUCGUCGUUUACACUAUUCAUUAUUUUCUUUAAAGAUGGUAUUUUUUCCUUUUCCAGGAAGACUAGCUGGAAAGGAAUCGAAACGCCCUAGAAUCCUGACCUCGUUGGGACUUUGUUGGAAGUGAUAGUGACCAAAGUGUUUGCGUAGUGGGUUUGGGGACGGAGGAGCCUCCCGUUUUUUAUGGCUGGACCCAGAAAAGUGCAUUCAUUCUAUGAAUAUAAUUUCUUCCCUCUGCUUGCUGUUUCUCUUGAAAGGUUGGCCUGGCUUUUGUCAGGGAGUGGUCAUAACUCCGGGAAAUGAAAGGCCUUUUCGCAAAGUUCUGUCCUCCUGGGGUUGGGGGUACGGAUAUUCCCCGAGAUGUUCCUCACUCCAUGGAGAUCUGCUAAACUCCAGAUCUCCUAAUUCAGGCCCCUGGAAAAAGUGUGAACGUCUGGGGGUGUUUGUUUACCAUUUUCUCCCGCCUGUGGGCCUGCCAGCCUCUGGAGGGCUGGGCUGUGCCUGAGCACUGCUUGGCUUGUUUGAUUGCAUGAGGGAAGGGAAUUCACCUCUUUAUUUUUGCUAAUUCACCAAAUAUUGACUGAGCACCUGCUAUUAUUAGACGCUGUUCUGGAUGCUGGGCGUUCAGUAGGCAAUGAUUGAGAACAACACUUCUGCUCUCCUGACGUGAGAUAUGCGUGUCAAAGACAGUUAACAUACGGUGCGAUAUCAGGUUCAGGAGUAGAAUUCCGUGGUUCGUCAGUUACAUACAGCACCCGGUGCUGAUCACAACAGGAGGAAGUAACAGGAGAACUGUCUGACAUCUGGUACGAACCCCAAGCAGCAGGCCCUAAAGCUGAAGCGAACUUGGCCGUGCCUGUUGGCUCCAGGAGUCCCUAUGGAUUAUGGCAGGAAAAGUGAAAUGGGUCACUGAUAUCGAGAAGUCCGUGCUGAUAAAUAACUUUGAAAAGAGAGGAUGGAUCCAAGUGACAGAAAACGAAGAUUGGAACUUUUACUGGAUGAGUGUACAAACCAUCCGGAACGUUUUUAGUGUUGAAACUGGCUAUCGGCUCUCAGACGAUCAAAUAGUGAACCAUUUUCCGAACCACUACGAGCUGACCCGGAAGGACCUGAUGGUGAAGAAUAUUAAAAGAUACAGGAAGGAGCUGGAGAAGGAAGGGAGCCCUCUAGCAGAAAAAGACGAAAAUGGGAAAUACCUCUAUCUGGACUUUGUUCCGGUCACCUACAUGCUGCCCGCCGACUACAACCUGUUCGUGGAAGAGUUCAGGAAGAGCCCCUCCAGCACCUGGAUCAUGAAACCUUGCGGCAAAGCCCAGGGGAAGGGCAUCUUUCUGAUCAACAAGCUCUCGCAGAUCAAAAAGUGGUCCCGGGACAGCAAGACGUCUUCGUUCGUGACUCAGUCUACCAAGGAGGCCUACGUGAUCUCCCUCUACAUCAACAACCCGCUGCUCAUUGGCGGGAGGAAGUUUGACCUCCGCUUGUAUGUCCUGGUGUCCACGUACCGCCCGCUGCGCUGCUACAUGUAUAAGCUCGGAUUCUGCCGCUUCUGCACCGUGAAGUACACGCCGAGCACCAGCGAGCUAGACAACAUGUUCGUUCAUCUCACCAACGUCGCCAUUCAGAAACACGGGGAAGACUAUAACCACAUCCACGGGGGCAAGUGGACCGUGAGCAACCUGCGGCUGUACCUGGAGAGCACCCGCGGCAAGGAGGUGACUGGCAAGCUGUUCGACGAGAUCCACUGGAUCAUCGUGCAGUCGCUAAAGGCCGUGGCGCCGGUGAUGAACAACGACAAACACUGCUUCGAGUGCUACGGGUACGACAUCAUCAUCGAUGACAAGCUGAAGCCCUGGUUGAUUGAGGUGAACGCGUCCCCGUCUCUCACCUCCAGCACCGCCAAUGACCGAAUCCUGAAGUAUAACCUGAUCAACGACACUCUCAAUAUUGCGGUCCCGAACGGCGAGAUUCCAGACUGUAAAUGGAACAAGUCACCCCCGAAGGAAGUCCUCGGCAAUUACGAAAUCCUCUAUGACGAAGAGCUGGCACAGGGCGAUGGCGCUGACCGAGAGCUGAGAAGUCGUCAGGGCCAGUCGCUGGGGCCCAAGGGGGGCCGGUCGCGAGACUCGGGCAGAACCGUCCUCACCACCUGGAAGUGAGCACCAGUCGCCGAGAAAGACGGCGAGCCAGACCCUACCUGAUACUCAGUGCACCUGGGCCCGUUCCGAAAUUUUCCUUUUUCUAGAGCUUUUUCCCCCUUUCCUAAGCGCUGUAAAUAAAGGCACUUCUUUGGAAGGUUAAGGAGUCUCUUAUGAGGAAAAGAUGCCCCGCU